AUGGCUUCGCCGCCUAAGCCUUGGGAGCGCGCAGGCGCGACUGCCAAUCCUAUUGCUUCAGCAGCAACACCGACACAGAAUGCUAUCAAUACACCAUCUUCAGCAACUACUGCAACUUCUGUUCCGGGCAUGCCGGCCAUUCCUCCCCGUCCUGACUCCCUAAACUCAACCGUGAACCAAAACGCGUCGGCUUACAGUCGAGCGCCAUAUAAUGCCGCGUAUAGCCCGUAUUCGUCACCCUAUAAUAGGUAUGGAGGUUACGGUGGUGGAAUGUAUGGUAGUAUGGGUGGCUAUGGUGGCAUGUCCAGCAUGUACGGUGGUGGGAUGUAUGGGGGAAUGCCCGGCAUGAUGCCAAAUGACCCGAACAAUCCCAACACUCUGGCCAACCGUGUUACUGAUAGCACCCAAGCCACCUUUCAGUUGUUAGAGGGGAUUGUUGGCGCCUUUGGUGGCUUUGCACAGAUGCUCGAAAGUACAUAUAUGGCGACCCAUUCAAGCUUCUUUGCUAUGAUAUCUGUGGCUGAGCAGUUUGCUCUCUUGCGCAACACCCUUGGAUCGGCCCUAGGUAUUUUCACCAUCAUGCGAUGGUUUCGCACGCUUUUUGCGAAGUUGACUGGCCGUCCACCCCCUGUUGACGCUAUGGCACUUACACCGGCAGCCUUUGCCCGCUUUGAGGGGCGUCAAAUGCCACCUGGUGCUGGAGGUCAACCUAAAGCCAGCCGGAAGCCUCUUAUUUUCUUUCUCCUCGCUGCAUUUGGUUUGCCUUAUAUUAUGAACAAGAUAAUCCGAUCUCUUGCUCAGCAGGAGGAGCGUAAGCGCCUUGAGUUCUCGAGUCAAAUCGCGCCUCUGGAUCCUAACAACCUUGAAUUCUGCCGUGUCCUCUACGACUUUACCCCUGAAGCCGGCAAUGCUACCCAGGGAGUCGAUCUCGCUGUUAAGAAAGGUGAUUUUAUUGCAGUCCUAAGCAAGAGUGAUCCUUUAGGGAAUCCUAGCGAGUGGUGGCGCUGCCGAGCUCGGGAUGGACGCCUUGGAUAUCUGCCUGCAACAUUCUUAGAAGUGGCUAAGAGACCUGGCCAACCCAUCGCCGCCAUUAAAGCAGCUCCGAGCGAACCUGCGUCAUCUGAGAAGACAGUCCCCAAGCCACCCGUCGUCACUAGUAAAGCAGGAGAUAUCUCUGCUGAGAGCUUUCAAAAGUCACAAUUUUAUUCCUAG